AGCCAAUGUGCUCCACCACGAUCCGUCCUACCGACUGCGGUGCCUGGCAACAGAAAAAGACGUGAUGACGUCCUCUUCAGAUUGCGUAUUAUGGGAUGUGCGAAAUUAAACAACCCGAAGAGGACACGGGGAAGCCAAAAAUAAUAAAAGAGACAGAAAUAAACGAGGUGCAUGGUGAAUCAUGGAGCUCUCGGCUGUUGGUGAGAGCGUCUUCGCAGCCGAGUCCAUCAUUAAACGGCGAAUCAGACGGGGUCGUUGGGAAUAUCUCGUGAAAUGGAAGGGCUGGUCUCAGAAGUACAGCACUUGGGAGCCGGAGGAAAACAUUCUGGAUGCACGACUCUUCGCUGCCUUCGAGGAGAGAGAGCGCGAAAGGGAGCUGUUCGGGCCGAAAAAGAGGGGACCCAAACCUGAAACAUUUCUCUUGAAGGCCAAAGCCAAAGAAAAGACGUAUGAGUUUAGAAGAGAGGCCCCCAGAGGGAUCCAGGUUUCUUAUCCCAUCCCGGAGCCUGUCAUAACACCAAGGGCCCGGGAGGGUUUACGCGCCGUGGUUCCCACAAUCUUUCCACCGAGCGCGGUCAACAGAGGAGAAAGUGUCCACGUCAGACCACCAGAGCCAGAGAGGAGGCCCAGACCAACUCCACCGGCUGCUCUGACACUCCAGGAAUCCGCCAGGUUCCCCAAAAAGAGAGGGCGCAAACCUAAGCUGCAUUUACAUUAUGAUAAAGAUGACGGGAGCAGCUCAGCAGAGCCGGACACCAAGCGGAGCAGGUUACUGGAGGAGCCGGUGUCACACGGUCUGUCCAAAAUGACCAGACGCCUGCAUCACCACGGAGAGACGUCAGACCACAGCCUCAUCCAGCUGACCAAGAGAUUUCAGGAGGAGACCACGAUAACACCCAAAUCCUGCAGCGAGCAGAGACAUUUGGGGGGCGCAGGCUUGUCUUACACCUGCGCCUUCAGUCCAGAUGGGCGUAAAGGUGAUCAGAGGGGGCACAGGACUAACUGUUUGAGCAGGAUGUCUGUUCCUCAGCCCGGCAAGCUGAAGCACUCUGCAGAACACCGGAGCCAUCAGGUGAGGGAGUACUGUCUGGUCCGGGAACAACCGGCUGUCAUCUCCACAGAGUCCGAGCCCAUCCAUGAUUCAUCCGCGCGACCAGCCUCGUCCUGGACCCCCAGUUUCACCAACCUGGACACUGUGACCGUGACAGAUGUCACCAUGAACUUCUUGACAGUCACCAUCAGAGAGAGCAGCACGGACAAAGGCUUUUUCAGAGAUAAAAGAUGAGUAUGUGCGUUGGGUGUUUAGGUCAGUGGAGGCUAAUAUACGCCGAAAUAAUUGUUUAACAAGCUACUAACUAACAAGCCUACUGUAAUACUAUAUUUUUUCUAUGUAACUUUCAAAAGUGUACAAACAAAUAUUUAAUACGCUGCUCAAAAAAUAAUAAAGAAAAGUGACAUUGCACCUUUAAGAGGUUUUUUUUGUUCUGCUUAAUAUCACUGCACCUUGUUAAGAUUAUCCAUGUACACAAUAGCUAGUUUUCUGUUUUGUUUUGUUUUGUUUUGUUUUGUUUUUUUUUGUGCUAUAAAACCGUGCAACCAUGUUAUCAUAACAAUCUUAUUCAGCCAUUGACUGUGACACUGUUCCCCAAAUAAGAUAUGCUAUAAAGUUGCUCACUGACAUUUCUGUAAGUUUCAUUUACAGUCAUUACCGGUCAUGUCUUUCAAAAAAAAAAAAAAGCCACGUCAAGGUUAAGUUAUGAAUAAGAGGUUCUAAUCCCUUUUCCUCCCUUUUUAUUCAUACAUAUUAUUAAGAACAGGCAACAGGAGCAUGUCAAACAAUCGAAAUAGUCACAGCCACGUACAGUUUCUGAUAUUUGAUUACAGGAAAAUUAAAGUCCAACUUCAUAAUUUUCAGAAUAUCUAAAUAAAUUUUGUAUGUAUUUAACAAAGUAUUGUGGUCUCCAAGACUAGUCUAAGUCCUUAUCCAAAAAGGCUUAAUUAGCCUGCGGGAUAUAUAUUUUUGUAAAGGCUUUUCUGUUCUGUUUUGCUCUGUGUUGGGGUCACGUUCAAAAAAUGUGUGAUAAAUUCCUGCUGAGCAAGUUUCGGGUUUGUAUGAAUUAUUCUUACAACGAUUUGGAAAGAAAUGAACACACGCGAGAGUGAUAAAAUGUGCUCAUUUUGAACUGAUUAAAAACAGAUAUUUUCCUGUG